UUCAGCCGAAGUAGUACAAUGAUGCUGGUUCCCCUUUUCGCUGUACUUUUCUACUCAGUGGUCACCAGAGCGACCACAGAUCCGUGUACGAACUAUAAACCAUUCCCUGAUUCCGACCGCCGUGAUCCCAGCUACGAACUUGGUAAUGGAGAAACCAGCAUCGAUGACUACGAGUUGAUAGAAGGGUGGUACGGUGACCCAAGGCACACCUUGGUGGACGAAUCUCCUGGAUUUUAUAAAUGCGGAGGAUGGUAUCCAAUAUGGAUGAAUGGUUCAACCAACACGACAUCAACAAUGUGUGUCCAGUCUCCUACAGACGCGUGCUCGCUGGACUUUGAAAUAGACCACAAACAAUGUGAUGGAUUUCAGAUUUUCUACUUACUUCAAGCUCCAACCAAUCGAGCAGUGUAUUGUCUGUCCGCUGAGGUUCCAUUUAACAGAACGUCCGGAAUUUAAUGAAACACCAUAUGUUACCGUCGACCUGCUGGACAAGCCUCACUCGAGCGAGUUAUUGUUCCGGUGCAACUUUACCCGUGCUAAUGAACGACUGUUCUACAAAACAACCUGGUACCUCGAGGGAGCUCCAUUUUACACGUUUGAACCCACGGAAUGGAACUCUGACGACUUUGAUUACAUCGCCAACACGACGUUGACAGAGCAGCUGCUGAGACAGAAUGGGGUCACAAAGGCUGGAUUUAAUUUGCAAUGUAGUGUCCAAGCACUCUAUGGUCCAGGACAGGCAUCAUCAAGUGGAGGAUUAUCAGAGAUCCAGUUCGUUGGAGUGAAGAUACAUGUAUGUCACUUUGGAAAUAAACGGAAGCAUGGGACCACUUUCUGGCUGAGGGAGAAACACGUACAGUAUAUCUUCAUCUCACAGUCCCUUUUGGAUGUGGCUCGGUGA